UUUUCGAAUCCAUUGCCUCCUUCGUCUGCCUCAUCCGAGAGAGAGAGAUCAGAAGCGGCCGGCGGCCAUGGCGGGAGGAGGGGUGAGCGACGAGAAGCUGGGCAGCAUCCUGCUGCAGGCCAAGUGCGCGUCCAAGAACAUCCGGGCGCAGCGGGACCUCCUGCUGCAGUUCCAGCUCCAGCUCCAGCCGGACCACCCGGCAGCAAGCGACGCGGCGGCGCUCCAGGAGAUCAAGUCCGGCCUCGUCAAGACCUUCUUCUACGCGGGGCUCGAGGCCGGCGCCCGCUACCUCACCAUCGCGGCGAAGAGCGGCGCCCGCCUCGCGCUCACCCCGUCCUUCGCCGUCAUCCCCGACGAGCAGCUCUACGACGCGCUCCUCGCGCAGCGGCUCCCCGCGCGCCCCACGACGCAGACCGAGGCCUUCUCCCGCGUCGAGGCCGCCCUCUUCGCCGUCAAGCUCGCCCAGGAGCACCACCUCCUCCGCUGCGUCGAGUGCCUCGCCGAGAUCUGCCGCCCCGACAACGCCCCUGCCGCCUCCGGUGUGACCCCUGCUUCGGCCAAGGUCGUCCCGUCCUCGGAUCCGGCCAGCGGCGAGCCCCCGCAGGAGGCCGGCGGCGGCAGCAUGGAGCGGGCCCGCGCCUACCUCGACCGCGGGCUAACCCUGGUGAACCUCGCCGUCAAGCACGUGGAGCUCGCCGCCGCCACCAUGUCCAGGUUCCUCGACCCCAAGAAGGUCGCCGAGCUAUCCGACUUCGCCGACAAACACGGCAUCAUCACUUAGAUCGACGGCCGGCCAGGGAGGAGGAUGCAUGCAUGGUUCUGUUCACUGCUUUCACCUGAUCAAGGCCGUCAAGCGACGCAUGCAAGAGUCCUCUGUUUUAUCUAUCUAUGUUUACGCAACCUUUUUCAGUUCAGUUAGUUUAAUCUCUCCUCUGCUUCUGCUAUAUGGAGUAGCAUGCCGUUUAAUUCCUGGACGGUACGUCGCGGUUAUCUUCAAGUGUUUGAUUAAUGUAAUGUGUCGGUGGACGAUCGAACGGAGUUGCAUGUCAAAUUAUGAGAUAUUGGAGAUGGUAUUUUUCAGCUGUGUUUUUGUUUUUUCUGAUCGUAUAAUCUGCUGCUAUAUGUAUCUCGUUUAAUUUCUGGAAUGGACAUCUGUCGUCGCUAGCUUCA